ACGUAAAACUGCAUUACUUUGUCUCCGUUGCUGAACAGCUCGCCAUACUCGCACUAACUGCAACUUCAGUAAGAAAGAAACGCCACUACUGGCGUGUUACAAGUCGUUCAAGAUGAACCAAGUGCACAAGUUCUGCAUCGCAGCAAGAAUGGCUGUCGGUCAUUUUUUGUAUGGUUUCCCCAUACCGCACCACGCAUCCUGCGCCACAUUUCAGUGGAUUCGUUUGAUAGUAAUGUUUGGCGGUUUUACCGUACUUUUAGCCAUCUUUGACAUCGGCAGCGAUAUAUUUUUUAUUGUUCAUUUAUGGGGAGAAAAUAAAUGCGGCAUUGCCAUUGCCUGGCUGGUAUUCAUCACUACCGUGCCGUUCCUUCCAAUUCUUAUCUCCGCAGUAAAACAACGCUUUGUCACUCAUCAACGUUGGGAAAAAGCAGCUUCGCUUAACUGGCGAUUAGCGCGACAGAGUUUAAUUAAGUCUGAAGACAAUUUAUUAGUCUUCAAAACUGGAGAACGACUUACCAGAAGAAAAGUACGGCCAUUUGAAGAGCGUGCCUAUCCAGUUGUGGCCUUCAUGCUGGACAUCUUUCCCGUCACAUUCGUUGUCCGAUGCAUAUCGUACGUAAGGGCGUGGAGAAAUUCCGGAGAAUUCACGAAAUAUUACACGUACAGUGCCGACAUCGAGUUUCAAGAUUGGCAACUGCAAAAUGCACAGCUAACUGAAAUUAAGUACGAAGCAAAUCCUCAGCUGAUGAUCUUGCUGAUCCUCACUGCCACGGGAUUAUUUCCCUGGAGCAAAGCCGCCAUCACCGCGGCAUUCUCUUUCUGCUCCAUCGCCAAGUACUUUCCGUUUUGCGCACAACUCCCCGGUAAAUGCGCCUUCAACAGCAAGGUUUUUCUGGACAAGCAUUAUGUGGAUGUUGAAGUCGCAAAUCAACUGCUAAAACCGCAUCUUUCUGCUUUCUGUGGAUGGGUCACAAAUUUCUUUUACAUCGCGUGUCGCUAUCAUAUUCUUAUUUCUUUGAUCGUUGUCAACUGGAAGGCAUCGCUGGCAGUUGCUGCAAUCCAAGCGGCGAUCAUUGCGGUGUUUCUACUGCUCUCCUAUCGGCGGAAGUAUUCAGCACCGUUUCCAAAAAAAUCUUGGAAGCGGUAUGUCGGACCCGCGUGUGCGUUUAUCAGCCAGCUGUUGACAACGUUGGGAUACUUUUUGUUGGUGCCGGUGACGACCACGAUGACGAUGAUGGGGUGCGUCCUGGGGACGAUCUUGCAAGGUGUGGCGAUUGUAGUCUACGCGCUGGUGACGCAUGUUGACUGGACUAACACUAUUCAGUGUCAUACCGGCUCGACAUUUCCACUUUCUGCUAAGUCUUCUAUGUAUUAUGCGUUACUGGUUGGGAAUGUUUUUGGUUCACUGCUCCUGCCGUUCUUACACUAUUUGGUUAGUCGGUACGCUGAGAAAAGUUCCUGGCUUAUUCACCGACAAAAUUGCACGAAAUGCUUAGAAUUUAAAAAUCGUUACUGCAACUAUCGGCCGUGUUGGCUCUGCGAAUGGGCGUGGUGCGACGAACAUGAUCCGCAAAAUGCUGAGGUAAUUAUUACACGAGUUCCCGUGCCAUUUUUGGAGGAGAGCUACUUAAGCGAUAAAUCAAAAGAAGUAGUUGCAAUCUUAGCGAUGCUCCGAGCAGAUCCUGAAGACGAUUUUUUGCUCUGCAAGGGGCACACAGCGCACCUGAACCAUCUACGGAAGAAUGGUCCCACUGAAUGCACCCCAGUUGUUAUGGCUGAAAUUGGAUUACGCGCAGCCGUGGAUGACAACAACCGGCCAAUGGUGGAACUGUUCCACCCCAGUUCACCGGAACUUGCCGAUUUUCAAACAGAUUUUCACAUGUCGCUGCAUUCGUUCCUCCGUGAGUUAUAUUCGUGCAAUGUAAACAUGCGCUUACUAAAAAGGCUUCCCUACCAGAUCUUUUAUAAGUCCAAGCUGUACGAUCAGGGAAUUAAAAACCAUCCAGCUCAGAACAUGUAUUGGGCGGAAAUCGUAGAACUGAGGCAGAAACAUGCAUAUUGCGGGGAGGACUGUCUGAAACCACUGCCAAAAUUGAUCUCUGAUGGACCGUCACGUAGAUUUAUACUCACAAUUGAACCGGCGAAUCUGCCGUCUUUCAGUUGGCGGCUGGAUAAGUUUGACCGUGAUUCCAACGUUGUACCUGAUGGAAUGGAGUACGAGUUUUUCAACGAUGCCGAUCUCGAGUAUGGAGAACACGAACCGGUACAAGAAUGCCCGAUGAAAAAAGCUCUACAGACGGAAUAUAUUUGGCAGACCGUUGGGUGCUGCGAUCCUGCCCCACACGAGUAGGUUGCGAUGAACAACCCAUCAGCUUGCAGUUUGGUUCGGUUAAGUAAGCACGGGAGUACUCAUCGCAUCGUAAUCGUGCGAGGGUGUAAAACCUGGCCCUGGCAAGUGCCUGUGGAGUUGCCACUGGCAU